ACUCUCAAAAUCCAUUUAUCAGUCCUUUUAGCGUCUCCUCCUCACCGGGUAAACCCUCAGCCACUCUCUCUCUCUCUCACCGAGACAGCCAAAAGACCCCAUCCACAACCACAAAAAUGGCGAGAAGCAAUUUCUCGGUAUUAACAAUUCUAUCAGUCACACUCCUCCUUCCCGUUCUCUCCCUCUCUUUCUCCCCUGACUCGCCCUCAGAUCGUCGCCUCUUAGUCCUCCUCGACGACUUGUCACUCAAAUCUUCCCUCUCAAUCUUCUUCAAUUCUCUCAAAUCUCGCGGUUUUGAUCUCGAUUUCAAGCUUGCUGAUGACCCAAAACUCGCCCUUCAACGUUAUGGCCAGUACUUGUAUGAUGGCUUGAUUCUCUUCUCUCCUUCAAUCGAAAGAUUUGGUGGUGCAUUGGAUUUAGCUGCUGUGCUUGACUUUGUUGACUCGGGUCAUGAUCUGCUUAUUGCGGCCGAUAGUUCUGCUUCUGAUUUGAUUAAGAGUGUAGCUACUGAAUGCGGGGUUGAUUUUGAUGAGGAUCCAUCGGCUCUGGUUAUUGAUCAUAAAAGUUAUGCAGUCGCUGGGACUGAGGGUGAUCAUACAUUGAUUGCUGCAGAUGAUUUUAUUGAAUCUGAUGUGCUGCUUGGAAAAAAUAAGAUUGAGGCUCCUGUGCUCUUUAAAGGGAUUGCACAUUCUUUAAAUGCAGCAAAUACCCUGGUAUUGAAGGUCCUUUCUGCAUCUCCUUCUGCUUAUUCAGCUAAUCCAAGUUCCAAAUUGUCAAGUCCUCCAUCAUUAACCGGAUCUUCCAUCUCAUUAGUUUCAGUAAUUCAGGCUAGAAACAAUGCUCGGAUUAUGAUUACAGGCUCAUUAGAUAUGUUUAGUAACCGAUUUUUCAGAUCAAGCGUACAGAAAGCUGGGAGCCCAAAAAAAUAUGAUAAAUCUGGUAAUGAGCAAUUUGUGACUGAACUUAGCAAAUGGGUCUUCCAUGAAAGAGGUCAUCUGAAGGCUGUGAAUCUUAGACACAAUAAAGCUGGGGAAACAGACGAGCCUGCAAUGUACAGGAUCAAGGAUGAUCUGGAUUUUUCUGUUGAGAUAUAUGAAUGGUCUGGAAAGAGCUGGGAGCCAUAUGUGGCCGAUGAUGUUCAGGUCCAGUUCUAUAUGAUGAGCCCCUAUGUGUUGAAAACCCUAUCAAAUGACAAGAAGGGCUUGUAUCAUACAUCAUUCAAGGUGCCUGAUGUUUAUGGGGUUUUCCAGUUUAAGGUUGAGUAUAACAGGCUUGGAUAUACUAGCCUGUUGCUCUCCAAACAGAUUCCAGUUCGGCCCUUCAGACACAAUGAAUAUGAGAGAUUUAUAACAGCUGCUUUUCCCUACUAUGGAGCUUCUUUUACAAUGAUGGCUGGCUUCUUUAUCUUCAGCUUUGUUUACCUGUACCACAAGUGAAAGCCCUGUUAUAAUAGAGAUGAUUGCGUUGCUAUUAAGAUGCUCUUUUUAACACAUGGAGAAUAUUUCGAGGGCCUUGUAGCAGCUUCCCUCGCAAUUUUCAUUAUUUAGGAGGAAUUAUGGUGAAAUGACAUUGUACUAAAAUUAUCUACCAUUAGCAUUGCACCUGUAGAAAACUUUUGAUGAGUAUUAGAACCAUAACAUUAUAAGUUUAAUGCAGUUUUACUGUAUGGUAAAUCAAUUGCUAGAUUUUGGUCUAAUAAAUUUGCAAGCGAGAGUAAAUCUUUUGAGAA